UUAAAAAUAAUUAUGUCGAGUUUGAAUGCUAUUGUUUAUUUAUGCAAAGAAGUAUUUGAUGAAAACAGUCAACCCACACAAAUUGAGAUUGAAGAACAAGCAUCACGAUUAGGAAUAGACAUAGAGAAAGAAAUACAUCUUUUGAGUAUUGCCAAGCAAUGCUUACUUGAACCAUUGCCUGCCGAUUGGUUUCCUUGUUAUAUCGAAAAAGAAAAUAAGUAUUUUUACUAUAAUAAGAAAACUAAAAUAUCUCAAUGGGAACAUCCUUUAGAUGAAUAUUACAAACAGAUAGUCGAAAAAACACGUUCAGAAGAUUGUUCAACAGGUCAAGACAUAUCAUUAAACAUAAUUCUUGACGAAGAAAAUUUACUCGACACUACUAUGUAUCAUCAUACAAAAAAUAGUAACCAUGAAAAAAAAUCGGUCGCUGAAAAACGAACCGUACGUUUUAAAACUCCUAUAGAAGAGUCAUUAGAUAUUGAUGAAUCCGAAGACAAUAUGAAGUUUUUAGGACCAAUAAAGUUAAACACACCUUUUACAAAUACAUCAUCUACUUUACAUAGUCUACCCCAAUUUUCAACAACUAAUACUUAUGAUCAAAGAAAUACAGCUAGUCGAAGCGUACUUUCCAAAUAUAAUAUAUUACCAAGCAAAGAUGAACUAUCCAAAAAAUCCGAAUUAGUUGAAAAUACUAAAAAAACAAAUUAUGAAGAUCCAUCUAUGAAUUUGGACUUUACUAUAAGAAAAGAAAAUUUAAGGAAAAUUGACAUAACACUGACGGAAUCUUCUGAUCGAUCAGAAAGUACUUCAUCUGAAAUUCAAACAGAUAACUUGAACAGCGACUUUGAAGAGACCGAUCAAAAAGAAAAAGAUAAUAUUGUAACAUCAGUUCAAUUAAAUAAACGCCAUGAAAAAACAGAUACUGUUAAUGAUGAUGGGAAAUCUGCAAUUGAUAAUUUCAAUGAAUUUCAAUCCAUAGGAAAUACAAAAUUAUAUAAUGUUAAAAAAGAUGAUUUGAUUAGUGAUAGUGGAAAUUCUACUGCAAAAGAUUCUAAAAUAAUACAAUCAUCAAUAGCUUCUAAUAGUUUGUCUGCAACUAAAAGUAAAAUGGCAGAAAUAACCCAACGAUUUCCGAUCAAUCAACUUUCAAAUGAAACUAAAUCGUUUAAAAGGAAACCAACAAUAAGUGAUGAAGGUAUUUUUGACAUAAAAUCUAAGAUUGAAUCGGAAAAUAAUUUGGAGGACAAUAAACCAACAUUAUUAGAUGAUCCUCGUAUUAAAGUUAAAAUUGAAGAGCAUUGCGAUUUUAUAAAAAAUAAAUUAGAAAACACAAUUAGAACAAACCAAAAUAUAUUAAGGGAGGAAAUGAUUAAAAAGAUUGAUGAUGUUAUUCAAAAACAAAAUGAUAAUUUUGAAAAACACAUUGAAGCACGACACAAUGAGCUUUUUUCUAAAAACGAAUUACAAUUAAAAAAUAUGCUAAAAAAUGUGCAAGAAAAUAUUGAAAAGUCCUUAAUUGAAGAAUGUGACAAAAAAUAUAUUCAAAAUAUUUCAAAUUCUGAACAAAUGUGUGCAGAAAAUUUAAAAAAAUUUAAAAAAGAUUUAGAGGACUAUACAGAUUUAUUCAAACAUAAAAUACAGUCGGAUCUUGAUGCUAUAUCAAACGAAUUAAAAAAAGAUUUUGUUAAAAAUACCGAAAUAAUAACCGAUGGAUGGAACCAAACAUUAGGAUCGUACAAAAACGACGAGUUGGCAAAAGCUAAACAUAAUUUUGAGCUAAGUACAGAAAGUAUUAAACGUGAAACAGAAGUUGAAAUACAGCAGUUUCGCGUAGAAUUUCAUGAAAAACUCAACAUUAUAUCCGAAGAUAAAUUAAAUAGCGUUUCUAAACAAUUGGAUAUAGCUUUGCGAGAAGAAAUUGAUUUAGUUAAAAAACGUGUUAACGAAAGUUCUAAACAAGAUAUAAAUAAUAAAACUACGAAGCAUAUACCACAAUCAAAAUUAUGCAAUGACUGUUCAGAAUUUAAUUUAGAAUAUCAAAAUACAGAUACGCAUAGGAUUAAUUAUAACGUCAUAAGAAAAAAAAUUCAACAUUGUUCAAAUGAAUUAAACGAUGCUCUAAAAUUAGUUAACGAAGUAUCAUCAACAAAUGAAAAAGAAUGUAACACAAAUUUAUUUUUUAAUAAGUGUUCAGUUUCAUGUCAAACUGAAAAUAUAAUUAAUCCAUAUCAAAAGCCAAGUUUAAAAGAAUACAUUUAUCCUGCCGAGUCGUCGAGUAUGCAGUCUAUAUUUAAUAAUCCAUAUGUGUAUUUUCAAGAUGUUAACACAAAAUACGCUAAUUAUUUGAGUCAAGCAAAGAUGUCCGAAGAUUUAUGUUCCAACUAUUUGACAUCAUAUUCUCAACAACUUAAUUACAGUCCAUUACAUACUUUAAGUCAGCAAGAAUUGAAAGUGAAAGCUGCAGAACAAAAUAUAUGUCGUUUAAUCGAUACGUUCAACAAUUUCAAGCACGAUAAUAUUAAUCACAUUCCUAAUAAUACUAAUAUUUCUGAUGAAUAUAAGUUUACCAAUAUUUAUCAAUCGCUAUCACCAAAACAAAUAGCAUACAAUCGAACGAAACAUUUGAGAGAAUGGCUUUACAAUACAGAUUUGAAAAAUAAAAAAAAUUGAAUUCUCCGAUGUUACAAAUAAGUUACUUUUAAAGUGUGACUUAAAUCAUUAUAGUUACUAAUAAUAGGC